AUGCUCACGCUAAAUCCUGGUUCGGUCUGCGACGUCUGCGCAGAAGAGUACGGUCACGUCCUCUGCUCAAGUUGCUGCCAUAAAAUCGUAGAAAAGACAUUGCCUCGCCUCCAACCUGUCUGUCCUUUCUGUCGGGAUCAUUUCACCAGUGAUGAUGUGCGUUUAAUCCGCAUCGACUUUUCAUCAAGCGGAUGGGCCACUACUCGGCGGCGAGGUGGUCUCACUGAGGCUCUUGAUAUUGCUGACCGCUCCUCCGCACGACGGGAAGAUCGUUUUCCCCUCGUCGAGCCGGGCUUCUCGCGUACUCGCGCAGAAGCUCGCAGGUUGGAGGAUAAAGUGGCCAAGGUGGCUGCUAAAAAAUGCUCCGUGGAAGAGGUUUCGACUCUACACAACGAGCUACAAGACUGGUUGACUCAUGAUGAGAAAUCUCACGACCAGCUUUCUUCUUUAUCCUUGAGUGCUGCGCUGCUCAGGGCAAUUUUGAUGAAUCACUUCGCUCAUUCGGAAGCUACGAAAAUGGCAAAGGGAGUCGAGGCCACCCUAAAAGGGAAGCUUGACGACAUGGAAUUAACUGUCGGCAAGCUAGAAGCCGAUCUAAAGCAGUACCAAGCCCUUCAUACCCAAAAAGUACAAGAAUGCCAAGCUCUUCGAGCAGAGCUUAGCCGUUACACUCUUAACACCGCCGCUCCAACCGGAUUGAGCGAGCGUCGCCAAUCAGUUUCUUCGUCGUCGACAUCCGCGUACAAUGUACCAGCCAUGCCCUCCAUGCUCUCGCGCUUCGCAGCUACUCAUUCUCGAAGCGCCUCCACUUCUGUGUCAGGAGGGUCAAGACCAACGACCCCCGCACGCAUGACGGCGCCAUCGAUUAGGUCUGAGACUCCGAUGCAAGCGCCGAUGACGUCGUCUCGCUUAAGUUCUACGCCGCGAACCAUCUCCGUCUCCGCGACAUCACCUCAAAAAAUAACUCGUUCGCGCUCCGAUGAGCAGGAGAGAGAGCGAGAACGGAUUCACGAACGUUGGAUGCCAUCGCCAAACGUGGCAUACAGCCCCCCCACAGGCAAAACUAUCAACUAUCCACCCUAUUUUGGUUCGACUCCAGCUCCCGGUCGUGCCCGCGCCUCGUUCUCAACAAACGCUGCUUAA